CAGGCCCAACAAUAAGAAAUCUGCUACUGACGCCACUAGUUUCCUAUCCAGAAAUGGCAGUGAAACAACUCUGAAUUGCCGCAUUUCAUCAAAAUCAAUCGAAAACUCAGUUUCAUAGUUUGAUUUCUCUCUAUCUAAAAUUCUGUCUCUCUCCAAAUUCUCUCUCCCCUUCAACAGAUAUCACUACUCUACAAAAAGAGAGAGAGAGAGAGAGCUGUAGAGUGGAGGGACUCGGGAGUUAUGGCUGCUGUCUCAAUGUCAGCUUGCAGUGCCACCACCCUUAACGUAACAAAUGGUUUGAGACCAAAAACAUCAGUUUUAACUGAAGUUAUCUCGCAAACUAAAAUUCCAACUCAACAUCGAAUGAAUAAGAAGGAGCCGUUGCAACGCAAAUUUACAGUGUUAGCUGUGACCAAAGGUUCAUCGUCCAAGUCCAGCGAAUCAGAAGAGAAAAUCCCGUCUUGGGCUAAACUAGAUUCUGAGGAACCACCUCCUUGGGCAAAACGUGAUGGCAGCGGCAGCAGCAAUGGCUCAUCUGAAACUAUUGAGUUUCCUUUCUAUGGCUAUUUGCUUGCUUCUACAAUCACUGCUAUAGCUGCGAUUGGUUCAGUUUUCGAAUACAUAAACCAGAAGCCAGUUUUUGGAUUACUCAAUUCAGACAGCAUCUUCUAUGCACCUGUGCUCGGGUUCUUUGCCUUCACUGGUGUUCCCACUUCGGCUUUCCUUUGGUACAAAUCUGUGCAAGCUGCUAACAAGGCAGCAGAGGAGCAAGACAAGAGAGACGGCUAUUAGAGACUAGACAUGCAUUUAUAAGCUGCGCCUUCAUUGAACUAAAAAAAUGUGCAUUCUGCUUCUCCAACCUUUCUUUUUUAGUACAGUAUGUAUUUGCCACGCAAAAGAUCAUAUCGUGUCUUUCAUAUUGAAAAUCAUUGGUUACCACAGACCCAUAACUUGGCGGUCUGACACUUUGAGCC